GAGACCCAGGAACAGAUGAGCAGGGAUGUCUGCGUCCACACCUGGCCGUGUACCUACUACCUGGAGCCACAGAGGCGAUGGGUUACUGGCCAGCUGUCCUUGACGUCGCAGUCGCUCAGGUUCGUGACUGACAGCACUGGCGAGACUCUGGUCAGCUUCCCCCUCUCCAGCAUAGUCGAGAUCAAGAAGGAGGCUUCGCAUUUUAUCUUCAGCUCCAUCACCGUCCUGGAGAAGGGCCACACCAAGCACUGGUUCAGCUCCCUGCAGCCAAGUCGAAAUGUGGUCUUCAGCAUCAUCAAGCAUUUCUGGAGGGAGCUGCUGCUGUCUCAGCCUGCGGCGGCGUUUGCGCCCAGGACCCGGGGCAAGGAGCUGACAGGACUCAUGGCCGGGUCCCAGAAACGCCUGGAGGACACAGCAAGGGUCCUGGACCACCAGGGCCAGCAGCUGGAUGGCGUCAUGAGAGGCCUGGACAAGAUGGAGUCAGACCCGGAGGUGGCAGACAGAUUGUUGACAGACCUGGAAUCUCCUGCUUGGUGGCCCUUUAGCUCCAAGCUUUGGAAGACACCAUCAGAAGCAAAGCCCAGGGAAGGCGUCUCCGUGAAACCAAGUUGUGAACCCUUUGGGAAAGAAGGGAUGCUGAUCCAAAUUCCUGCCAUUAUUUCCCACAGAACAGAGUCUCACGUCAAGCCAGGGAGGCUCACUAUCCUCGUGUCUGGGUUGGAAAUCCAUGAUUCCAGUUCUUUGCUCAUGCACAGAUUUGAAAGAGAAGAUGUGGACGACAUCGAGGUCCACUCACCUUACGAAAUCAGCAUCCGCCAGCGGUUUGUUGGAAAGCCAGACAUGGCCUAUCGUUUGAUAUCCGCCAAGAUGCCAGAGGCUAUCCCCAUUUUAGAAGUGCAGUUCGGCGAGAAGAUGGAGCUCUUAGAAGACGCCUUGGUGCUCAGAAGCGCGAGGACCUCCUCCCCAGCAGAGAAGAGCCGCUCCGUCCGGCAUGCAGCAUCGGGGCUGAUGGGCCGCGCCCUGCACCGUGAGCCACCCGCAGGAGACCGGGAGGGCACGGCCCUGCACCUGCAGCUGAGCCCGCCGUCCCUGUCCGAGGCACAUACCCAGGAACUAACCCAGAUCCUGAGGAGGAUGAAGGGGCUGGCCCUGGAGGCCGAGAGCGAGCUGGAGAGACAGGACGAAGUCCUGGAUGGCGUCACGGCGGCUGUGGACAGGGCAACCUUGACCAUCGACAAGCACAACAGGCGGAUGAAGAGGCUGACCUAGGGGCAGA